UUAGCAAUAGAAUACGGAAGUUUUACAUGAGCAGGUUCUUGAACCCUUCUUGCUUGCACUUCUCACACCAAUCUUGACCGUCCACAGAUCUUUUCUUGCCCGACCUUUUCCUUCUUGUGGACUUCAACUCUGAUACGGAGAGUAAAUGCCUAUAAUUGUCCCAGUUGCCAUACAACACUGCUAACGUCCCUCGUACCAACAAAUUACAAUUUAAGCUCCUCACAAAUCCGGAAAUCCCAUCAUCAUCAUCAUCAUCAAAUAGAAGGGAAACGGAUAGAAGGAACACCGUUGUUGGGCUUGAGGUAUUGUGCGAUUGUUUUAUCCUCUCUUCUCUAUUCUUUGCCGUCUCCAUACAUAGAUGGCAUCAGCGGGCAUUCGGCUUGAAGGGAAUGGUCUUUGCCGGUUUUCUGGAAACAAUCCCGUCAAGAAUGCCCAUCUGUGGCCAUGUAAUAAUGUCAAGAUAUCCGGAAACUUGUGUGAUGGUGCAAGAUUCAGGAAAGGGAGGGUCUCGAUGUCAAUGAAGAGUAUUACAACGCCGGGAAUUGUAAAGACAGCCGAUUCUUCUGAUGGAAACAAGAAAUCUGCAGUUUUAUAUGAGAAGGUUGAACAAUGGAUGAGGGAUUCUGUGGUGGAGAUUGUUAACAACUUAAGGGAAGCGCCUCUUUUGGUCCAUGUCUAUGCGGAGGAAAGCGGUGGAACGACGGUGCUGAAGACGGAGAAGGAGGUGGCGGAGGAGAAAUGGCCAGGCUUGAUGGAGAGAUGGGAAAAGAGAGAGACCCAGUUGCCUGAUGGGGUGAUUUUUGUGGAGAAACUGGAGGACGGUGAAGAGGAGGAGGAGGAAGAUGCGAUUACCAGGGCAUGGGGGAUCGUGGUGCAAGGGAGAGGAGUGGAUUGUGGGCCUGUCUGCUACUUGCUGAAGACAAGCAGGGUUGGGGCUGGGCCUGGUUUGGGCCUGUGCUGCACUCAUUUUUGUUUGAUGAAGGUACAGAGUUUCAGGGAGACAGCCAGGUCUCAGUUCAAGAAUUGCUGGUUGUCGCAAGGGCUAUGAGACUGGAAACGGCGGCGUUUCGAUUAUCUGACACAUAAAACCAUUGGUAAUUAAGAGUGAUGGUUUAUGAUGUAAAUGAUUUAUACAUUUAAAAUCAAUUAUGAUUAAUCAAUUGUAACAAGAGAUUGUUUGUUCAAUUUUAUUUUAUUUUGACUUAGCAUUAGUCUUGUUUUUUUUAUGAUUCCCUUAGUGAAAACUGGCUUGGAGGUUAGAUCCAUUA